AUGAAAAACACACAUGUCGACCUAAUAUGUGUGUUCCUGUCGAUUAUAAUCGGCAUUGGUGAGGCGGUCGACGUCUACACCAACCAUUUCCAUGUUCAUUUAAAAGAGGGAGGUGGACUGGAAGAUGCGCAUCGGAUAGCCAAACGACACGGAUUUAUCAAUCGGGGACAAGUUGCUGGAAGUGAUAAUGAGUUCCACUUCGUGCAGCCAGCUCUCGUUCAUGCACGCACCAGAAGAUCUGCUGGUCAUCAUGCUAAACUUCACAAUGAUGAUGAGGUGCUCCAUGUCGAGCAACUGAAAGGAUACACCCGCACAAAACGAGGAUACCGUCCACUGGAACAACGUCUUGAGAGCCAAUUCGAUUUCACGUCAGUCAUGUCGCCAUCGGAUCCACUGUACGGGUAUCAGUGGUACCUGAAAAACACUGGACAAGCCGGCGGAAAAGCCCGUUUGGAUUUGAAUGUGGAAAGGGCUUGGGCAAUGGGAUUCACUGGAAAGAACAUCACAACGGCUAUCAUGGAUGACGGAGUGGAUUACAUGCAUCCGGAUAUUAAGAACAACUUUAACGCUGAAGCUUCGUAUGACUUCUCAUCAAACGAUCCAUUCCCAUAUCCAAGAUACACUGAUGAUUGGUUCAACUCUCACGGAACUCGCUGUGCUGGAGAAAUCGUUGCCGCUCGUGACAACGGAGUCUGCGGAGUCGGAGUCGCCUACGACGGAAAGGUCGCAGGAAUCAGAAUGUUGGAUCAACCAUACAUGACCGAUUUGAUUGAGGCCAACUCGAUGGGACACGAGCCAAACAAGAUCCAUAUCUACUCGGCAUCUUGGGGACCAACAGAUGACGGAAAGACUGUUGAUGGACCACGUAACGCCACCAUGCGAGCAAUCGUCAAGGGAGUGAACGAGGGACGUAAUGGUCUUGGAUCCAUCUUUGUUUGGGCCAGUGGGGACGGAGGAGAGGAUGAUGAUUGCAACUGUGAUGGAUAUGCUGCCAGUAUGUGGACAAUCUCAAUCAACUCAGCCAUCAACAACGGCGAGAACGCCCACUAUGACGAGCUUAAUUCAGUUGAACCCAAUAUAUUCAGAUCCUGCUCUUCAACACUUGCUUCCACCUUCUCCAACGGAGGACGCAAUCCAGAAACCGGAGUCGCCACCACUGAUUUGUACGGAAGAUGCACUCGUUCCCACUCAGGAACAUCUGCUGCCGCUCCAGAAGCUGCCGGAGUCUUUGCUCUUGCUCUCGAAGCCAAUCCAUCAUUGACCUGGAGAGAUCUCCAACACUUGACCGUCCUUACUUCCAGCCGUAACUCGCUUUUCGAUGGAAGAUGCCGUGAGCUUCCAGCACUCGGAAUCAAGGAUAACCACAGAGAUUCUCAUGGAAACUGCUCGCAUUUCGAAUGGCAAAUGAACGGAGUCGGACUCGAGUACAAUCAUCUUUUCGGAUUUGGAGUUCUUGAUGCUGCUGAAAUGGUUAUGUUGGCUAUGGCCUGGAAGACUGCCCCACCACGUUAUCACUGCACUGCUGGACUCAUCGACACUCCACAUGAGAUCCCAGCCGACGGAAACCUUGUCCUCGAAAUUGAUACCGAUGGAUGCGUUGGAACCCAAUACGAAGUCCGCUACUUGGAACAUGUUCAGGCCGUCGUUUCGUUCAACUCUACCAGACGUGGAGAUACCACUCUCUACUUGAUCUCUCCAAUGGGAACCCGUACCAUGAUUCUCUCCAGAAGACCGAAGGAUGACGAUUCCAAGGAUGGAUUCACCAACUGGCCAUUCAUGACAACUCAUACGUGGGGAGAGAACCCGACUGGAAAGUGGAGACUCGUCGCCAGAUUCCAAGGACCAGGAGAGCAUACCGGAACCAUCAAGAAGUUCGAGCUGAUGUUGCACGGAACCCGAGAGGCUCCAUACAACUUCAUCGAGCCAAUCGUUGGACAGACCAACAAGAAGCUCGACACCGUUCAGAAAGCUCACAAGCGCAGCCACUAA